AUGCAAGGCCAGGUCGCAGCAGAAGCAACAACACGAGAUCACGUGGGCGUGGCGUGGAAUACGAUGUUAAGGCACCCACAACACCCACAACGAACAAAGGGCUGCUGGGGAGACGGACUGACAGUGCUUACCGCCAUCGCCGUCAGUUCGAUCACCAUGCGUCCUGCCGCGGCGUUGAUGCAACUGGCUCUGGCGGUCUCGUCAGUUGCCCCUGUGGUUUCCGCUUGGCCCAACUGGCUUCCCGACCGCGAGGCUCUCAUUGUCCGCGCCGAUAGUAGCGACAGCUCUACCAUCACUCCCUCCCCAGCAGCCUCUAGCCCAUCGGCAACCGAGGCCAAGGAGACAGGAAAAACCACAGGAAACCUCAACACGGCCACACCCACUUCCAAGUCUGCAUCCACGUCCGGUAGCAAGAGCAAGAGUUCAUCGACGCCGACCCAUACUACAUUCGCCGCAGAUGCGCCAGCUGGUGGCGUCAGCAUUCUUGUUCCCGCCAACACGGCCCUUGGUACUGCUUUGUACAGAAUCAGCGAUUAUGUCACGUUUAGCUGGAAUUAUACGUCUCUGCAGGGCACUCCCACGGCUAUUGAUGUUCUUGCUAGUUGCUCUGCCGCUCGUGCCACCUGGACCCUAACUGGCAACAUGUCUUUCGCCACUUCUGUCGAAUACGUCUGGGAUACCACAAAACAAGCCAAUGAUGCCAACCAACCUCUCCUCACGGAACAGUACACACUCAUCAUCAAGGAUUCUGAUAUUUCUUUCGAUGACAGGCCCGAGCCUGGCUACCUAGGCACCAACCCAGCUCUCACUUUUGGCCUGUAUGCGGGCAAGCCCUACCAAAACUUGAGCACAUGGACUUGCCCCGGAUGCCACGCCAGCGCUGCCUCGUCUGUAAUGGAUGGUAAAGCAAUCAAGUUUGCGGCCACCAUGAGCAUCGCCACGGUACUCGGCUUCACUUGGUUCGUUGUCGGCCUUAUCUGA